AUUUCCAACUUUGCUUGAAGCAUGGAAUCAAGGACCCGUUGCCACCGUUUGAAACUCCUGAUUCUGUAAGAAAAAGGUGUUGGUGUUCCAGCAACACUUCUCUAGGAUCCGAUCAACUUCGAAGAAAUUGUGUUGGGGAAGUUGGUUCACUUGGGAGGGAAAUCGCCGUUGAUCUACAUGGGGAAUCUUGUGCACCAUUUGAACCAUCGAUUUUAGGGUCUGGAAGCUCCGUUUCUAGUAGAGGAACAGGAAAGAUUUAACGGUUUCCAAAGCAGUGGAUUUGUAUCAAGGUGAAGAGAAUAUCCCAUCAAAGGUGAAGAGUCUGCAUGCCCAAUUCGGAAGUGAGUCAUGUCCAAGUAGUGGGUUCCCUUUCUCGAUCAGCCCCCGGAAGCCAACACUUUGCCGGAGGACUCAGUAGAUCUUGAGGUUGCAGGACCUCCUUGCACGUCCCCCAAGCCUGGAGUAGCAACUGAACCAAAGGGUAAGAAGUGCAGAUUGAUAGUUAAAUUGGGUAGCAUCUCUAAUCUCAGUCCCUGCACUGAAGACCACACAUUGUGUACUACUACCAUAUCAGACUCCCUGGCUUCAAAAGUUUGCCCUGUUUGCAAGACGUUCUCUUCUACUUCAAACACCACAUUGAAUGCUCCUAUUGACCAAUGUCUUCCUAAGUUGACUGUGAAUUCUAAACUAGGCAAGCAUAUCGUGAAGCCGAGGAAAAAGAGGUUAUUGGUAGACAUCUGUGCAUCCGCACCACGUUGUACCCUCGAAGAGCUUGAUAAGAGGAAUGGUUCAAAUUGGGCUGCAGAUUUAAGAAUGCCUUCUGGAAAUGUCAAGGUUUGCACUGAAGCUAAAAAAAAAAGACUAUUCCACAUGUCUCUUGAGGAGGACAAUGAAGAAGAUGGUGCAGUCUAUUUUGAUUCUAAUGGCACAAAGCUUCGGAUUCUAACUAAAUUUAAGGACACACUGCCGUCAACCGUUGGAGAGGAUCGAUUUCAAACACAGGAAGCAUAUGACAGAUCAAGAACUUUUCUACCGUAAAGAGAAGACAUCUUGCACCUAGACAUUCCGAGUAUGCGAAACUAAAGCCUCAGACCAAUUAAGGCAUUCCCUCAAAAGCCAGAUAGGGCUGAGAUAUGUGGGGUCGCAGGAGGGAAGUAUGGGAUGAAGGAAAGUCUCAAGAAAAAACAGUCUCUAUCUGAACUCCUGGAAGUUCAUGAUAGGAUCAAACCCAGUGAGUCAGGAGCUGUAGGACGGUGGGUAUGCUCCAAACGAACUGGUCUGUCAAAGAAGUUUUGUGGCCAAGAUGGCAGUCAUAAUCCUAACUGUUCGUCACUAGCGCUGAUGGACCCAUUGAAUGACAGUGAUCAAUCAAACUCUAGUAAUUCUUCUAUGGAGAAGAGUCAUAUGCACAUACUUCCAAACUCAUCUGAAGAUCCCAUCUCUUCUCUGAAAAGCAAGAGGGUAGGAAGUCUCUCAUAUGGAGCUCCAGCCAUUCCCAGUAGAAAAAAAAUCUUCAAAACUGCAAGCUGGUGAUCUUGGUCAGUUGAGUAAAGGAAGCACUUCUUCUAAGCUUGAUGGAUGUGUGAUGAAGCUUUCAAGAUCUUCAAGAAACCAUACUGCUUCGUCACGAAGCAUGAGAGUUGAGAUUCAUGCAGGCCCAGUCAAAAGCUCCAACAAUUUGCCCAAGGUGAUAUCAAAACCAUCUAGGACUUGUCAUCUUUUGUCAGAAAAAGGCAAGAAUUCCACUUGGAGGAAGAGAAUGUUAGUUGGGCCAGCAUCUCCGAUAUCUAGAGUUAAUGACAAUGGAAGUCAUUUCACCUUUAAGAUCGAAGUCUCGGAUGCAUAGAUCCAUUGCAAAAACAGAUCAGGUAAAAACAAUCCCCUCUAAUUUGGAUGAAGAAUAUGAUCAGGGACAUAAUUCUGCUUACGGAUGCGUUAGCCAAAUAGAAGGGACUCAUAAAUUAGACUGCUCAAACAAUAUUUUUGAGACUGAAACGGGAGAGAUCACAAAUAGGGUGACUCUGGGAAGAGCCAAUGCACUUGAAUCUGGAGAAGGAAGACUUGUUGUAAUUGCCUCAAAAAGGCAAAAAUUAGUCACCUUUGGGAAUUUGCAGUCUCAACCCAAUUGUUGUGGUCUUAAUUUGGCAGCUACUGCAGAUUCUCAGGUUAAACGUGGUUGUUGCUACGGUAGAGAGAAUGUACCUGAUAUGUUUGCUCGUCAAGAAUCUGCUACUGAGGGUACUUGUACCUAUGAGAAGGAUACAGUAAUUAAGCUUUCCUCGGAGAAAACUGUGUGAAGCUUCACUAUUAGAUCAAGCAGAAACUUCUCUUUAGAACCCCAUGAGGUCGGUAAUUAUUCUGAUAUUUGGGCCAAUAACUUGCCAUGUAAUGAAAAGCAUAAAAGACUUGUAUGUGGCACCCAAACACAGAGUGGACCAACUGAACUAUGUUUUGGUGAUGAUCUGGAGAUGGAUGGUGUGGAUAAAGUUGGUAUUAUACUUGAAAAUGUUGAAAAUUCACUUUCUGAAGUUGAUGUAAUACCAAUCCCAGGACCACCAGGAUCAUUUUUGCCAAGUCCUGGGGGUUCGGAAGUUCUCCAGGAGAGCUCUGCACUUACUUCAAAUAGGGUUCUAACUUCUCAAGACAUAUAUGCUCUAACUGAUAGAGAAUCAUCAGGAUCUCCUUUUUCUGCAACCUCUGCCAUCUCUCAUCCGUAUAUGGGAGGAACUGAUGUAAAACAUUUGGAGCACGAGUCAGUUGCAAGACCUCCUGCAAUUCAAGAUAAAAUUUCUAACUUGUCAUAUCAUAGCACCAAGCCAGCAGUAAGAGAUACGUCAACAUUUCCAUGUAUGGUGAGUGUGGAUGGGGCAGAAAGAACCAAUUUUGAAAGAGAGAAUGUAAAGUUCACUGUGAUCUCUCCAUCCAAGGGGUCACUGGAAUAUUCAGAUGAUCAAACAUGUUGUUGCUCAAGGAAGGAGGGUGCAUCUUGGGGUGCUGUCCUAAUGUGUGAAGAAUCAAACUUCCCAGGUCAACCAGUCGCAUUUCCUGCCAAGGGAAAGGAGAUGAGUAGCAAUCAAGAUACCAGGCCCGAAGUGCUUGCUUCUCCCAGCAUUUGCCUGAGUUUGAAAAUUGACAAGAUGAUGGUUUCCACCCUGGAAUUGCCUACAUGUCCUAUUGCUAUGAAAAAUUCUCACGCAGCUUCCGUGAACUUCCCAAGUCUCAGUGAUUCCUAUUCUGCGACUUCAUCCUCUCAUGCUCAUCCUCGGGCCACAACUCAUCCUGUUCUUAGGUUAAUGGGCAAGAAUUUAACAGUGGUAAACAAAGAUGAAGACACAUCCAAACUCGGAGAGUGUAUGUCGGGUGCACCAAGCGGUGGUCCAAAUGCAAACUAUUAAUUGACUCUUCUUGGCUACUCUAAUAUCAAUGCCCCCAAUGAGGACUGUGUUUCAAUUUAUCGUUCGUCCCCAAAAGGUGCUGUUAUUGUCAACCAUGAUUCCUGUGAUAUAACCUCCCAAUGUUAUGAUGUUGGUUUACCAAAUGGGGUCAGACAUCUGAGUGAUUCUGAGGCACACCAAAAGCUCCUUCUGUCGCAAGGUGUACAAUUUUCAAACAUGCAUACAUAGGAGGUUCUGCGGCAUCUUCAUUGCAGCAUCAUGUGUUGCCUUGCCUCAAGAAAAGCAGUUGAAUAACAAACCAAAUCCCCCAUUUACUUGUGUGGAUAGGGUUGUUUCUUCUCCACACCUCCAAUGUCAGGGUGUUGUUGCUGCCACUGAAGCUGUUGCCGGUCCUAUCCAUGAGGUGAUAAUCAUUGAUGGCUCUCCAGAAAAUGAUGCUGAUUCAAGAGUGAGUAAUGC